AUGCGUCGGCUUAUGUCCCAACCAGACACACAGAAGUUUCACGUGUUGGCGCGCACCAGCGAGGACUUUGAAAUUUUCCAAGUCCUCGAGCCAAGCGCCUUCCCGAGCCCCGUAUGCUGUACCUCCACGCCCGGGUUCCGUCACCAGCUGCUGCGCACUCUCGGCCAGCCCGACGAGCGGGACAUGGCAUCCAUGCUACGGUACUUUGAAAUCAUUGCCGACGUCAAGAACACGGGUAUUCCCCUGACAAGUGCCGAGUGGAACUGUGCCAUUGCGUUUGCUAGCAAAUACGUGGGCACCGUGACCGAAACCGAGGUCGAGGCUGCCCUCAAGCUUUGGCGCGAGAUGGAGGUCGACGCCGGCAUCAAGGCCACCAACGUGACCUUCAAUAUCCUCUUUGACGUCGCCUGCAAGGCUGGUAAUUUUACUCUGGCCGAGAUGAUUUACCGCGAGAUGGAGUCCCGGGGUCACUACUACAACCGCUACCACUACACCAGUCUCAUCCACUUCUUCGGCCUCAAGAACGAGACCAGCGGCAUGCGCGCCGCCUACCGGGAGAUGGUCAACGCCGGCGAGAUGAUCGACACCGUUGUUCUCAACGCCAUGAUCGGGGGCCUGCUGCGGUCGGGGGAGGAAGGCCCCGCCGAGCAGCUCUACGAGCGCAUGAAGGCGGCCACCCUAGAGAAAGAGACCGACGGCAGCAACAUCCCUGUGCGUACAGUCCCAUCCGACCGCGCCAUCACCCAAGCCCUCGUCAUGUUCGCCAAGAUCGGCCGGCGCAGCCCCUCUUCCCGCGCCGCUCUGCAGGGCAUGACCCUCCUCUCCCCGGACCUGCAGACCUACCGCAUCUUGGUCAACCACUACGGCGUGAAGUGCGGCGACCUCGCCAAGGCGGCCGCCUUCAUCGACGAGAUGAAGUUCUUCAAGAUCCCGCUGCACCACGCCAUCUUCCUGGCGCUGUUCAAGGGCUUCGCCCACCACGGCGGCUACCAGCGCUCCGCCUGGAGCGAGCGCCGCCUGACCGGCAUCUGGAACGCCCUGCUCGACGCCGUCGACUCGGGCGCCGCGGGGCUCGAGAUCAAGACGUGGCUGGCCAUGUGGGCCUUGCGGGCCUUCGCGCGGUGCUCGACCAGGCAGAGGACGCUGGCCGUGUAUGAUGCGCUCAAGGCGCGCUGGAGCUUGAAUGAGGCCGAAGAGCAGUUCAUGAUUGAUUUUUUGAGUAACCUUGUCAAUAAAUAG